ACCAGGGCGUCUCAGGUGUUUGUGGCGUGUCGACGGCAUGGUGGUACAGAUGAUUGUUCUCCUUCGACAGAAUCUCCAAUGUGCAGAGUGAAGGUCCGCCGUCAGCCACAUCUGAAGUCUUAGCGACGAGUGAAAAGACCUCCUCUAUCGAUAAGAAAUCCCGGCAACCCCGUUCAAACGAACUUCUACCCUUUGCAUCUGUGAGGAUGCUGCGGAAUGCCUGCAUAACUUCAUUUGACCGAAUUCUGAGAUGACGAGGGGUACAGCGGGUGCAGCAGACGACAAGUUACACGUCCCCCAAAAGAGGGUCGAAAAGCAAAUCGAUGGUCGACAACCUAUCAUCCGGACCAUCAAUGGCGCUACAAAUGUACAGGAGGAAGCGGCCCCGACGAGAGUCCAGUGACGGGUACUCUGUCGAGGAGAUCUCGGCCGACGACAUCGGCUAUGACGGGGACAUCGAGGUGCUCCUCCCGGACCAAUACGAGGAACCUGACUCGGAUUUCGAAGACCCUAAGGCGCUCCGAAGGCUGUGGCCAGACACAGACGAUGAGCUGGCCACCAAACUACGGCGAUUGUCCUGCGAUCCUCACCCCCUCCGACACGCUCGCCGGGACGACGGGGAGCGCGGCCGGAAACGCAUGUCGAGGGAGAUGGACGACGAGGAGGGUGAGGUCCCGCUCAAGCACACGGAGAUUGAAGUGUCUGAACUAGUCGACGGACACGCCGAGCAACCACCACCGAAAAGAAGGAAGAACAAGAACAGCAAGCCCCCGCUGGGCCAGCGGGCUGCGAAGAAGCAUGCGGCUGCGGUAGAGGCCUGGUCCGACAGCUCCGACCGGUCCGAGGAGGCCAUGGUCGAGUCGUCGACGGGGACACCAGAUGGCACGAAUACGCCGUCGACACCUAUGAGGAAUGGCAGGGCUGAAGAGGAAGAUCUUGAUGCCAUGGACCUUGGAUGAAGGGGUUCCGGGUUGUCAUGGACAGGUAUUAUUCGUACUCGGUACUUGUUACUUGUAUUCGGCGGCAAUAGGCGAUAAGCAAUAGGGCACUUUUGGAAGGGGGCGCCGGAUUGGGGCAUUUGGCGGGCAGUUGGCGGGGUUGGUGGCUUGGUCGGUGGUUCCUGACUAGAGAGCGCAAACCGCAUCCUCCUCCAAUGUCUCCAUGUCUCCAUGUCCCUCCGCUGCCUCCA